UUACAUUUGGAUUUGUUGAAGUAAAUGCGUCGUGGCAACAAUUGCAAAUCUUCCAAGAAUGAAACAUGUCGUUUUUAGUUAGCUUUAAAGGAAGCGACCAAGCCCUGCUUAAUGUUGGCGUCAUUUUUAUCAUCAAGCCGAAAGGGAACGACCGCGUUUAGCUGAAGAGGCCAGCGCCGAGGAGGUUGAAAUGGAUGCAAAUGGAAGACGGAAAGAAUGCAGACGGAGAUGGCCGCCAAUUGUGAGGAAGAAGGCAAAUGAUGAGAUCAUAUUUAUCAAGAUCACAAUGUGUGCGCGGCAACGCAAGAACAACACGGGGCACCAGCCAAGGUCUAAAGAGAUCGGCUCGGGCUCCCGGGAAACGAGGGGGCUUUCUUCCAAAUCAAAUCAGAUCCCGCCCAUGUAAUCAAGACGAGACGCCAAAGACGAAAAGUCCGACUUAUCGAAGAGGAGGAGCUCUGGCUUCGUGGGUACUAAUUGUCUUCCUUUUAUGGCCAAGGGACAGCCCGCGGUUUUCCUGACUGACCUCGCCGAGCUGAAGCGUCAGUCGGGCGCCCGAGUGGCUCAGCUCUUUCCGUCACCUCGACGCUCCAAGUGAACCGCCCUCUAGCGGCUGACAUCCAUCAUGACAGGGGUGUGCGGCUGUUGCGGGGCUCUCAGGCCUCGCUACAAGAGGCUGGUGGACAACAUCUUCCCCGAAGACCCGGAGGAUGGACUGGUGAAGGCCAACAUGGAGAAGCUGACAUUUUACGCCCUGUCGGCUCCAGAGAAGCUGGACCGUAUCGGCGCGUACCUGUCGGAGCGCUUGUCCAGGGAUGUGGCGCGCCACAGAUACGGUUACGUGUGCAUCGCCAUGGAAGCGCUUGACCAGCUGCUGAUGGCCUGCCACUGCCAGAGCAUCAACCUCUUUGUGGAGAGCUUCCUCAAGAUGGUGCGCAAGCUGCUGGAGUCCGACAAGCCCAGUCUGCAAAUCCUGGGAACCAACUCGUUUGUCAAGUUUGCCAACAUAGAGGAGGACACGCCUUCCUACCAUCGCAGUUAUGACUUCUUUGUGUCGCGCUUCAGCGAGAUGUGCCACUCGGGUUACGAGGACCCCGACAUCCGCACCAAGAUCCGGAUGGCGGGCAUCAAGGGCCUUCAGGGCGUGGUGAGGAAGACGGUCAACGACGAGCUUCAAGCUAACAUCUGGGAUCCUCAGCAUAUGGACAAGAUCGUCCCGUCGCUGCUGUUCAACUUGCAGUGUAGCGAGCGCACGGAGAGUCGCUCGCCGUCUCCAUCGCAACCGUCGGACAAGGAGAAGGAGAGCCCGGCGGAGCUGACGGAGCGCUGCUUCAGGGAGCUGCUGGGCCGAGCCGCCUACGGAAACAUCAAGAACGCCGUCACCCCCGUGCUCAUGCAUCUGGACAAUCACGCUCUAUGGCAGGGGAAGACCUUUGCUGUGCGUUGUUUUAAAAUCAUCAUGUACUCCAUUCAGUCGCAGCACUCGCACUUGGUCAUUCAACAACUCCUGGGUCAUCUGGACGCCAACAGCAAGAAUUCGGCCACCGUCCGAGGCGGCAUCGUGGAGGUUCUGCUGGAGGCGGCCGCCAUCGCCGCCAGCGGCUCCGUAGGUCAGAAGAUUGGACGGACGGGCCCGCGUGGAGCCGUCUGCUGUGUCGCUCACACGCUUUUGCGGCCCCUUGCAGGUCCCACCGUGCUGGAGGUGUUCAACACCUUACUGCGCCAACUGCGUCUCAGCGUGGACUACGAGCUGACCGGCUCCUACGACGGCAGCGCCAACAUCGGCACAAAGAUCAUCAAAGCUCACGAGGAGAGGCAGCUGCAGGAAGCCGUUAUCCGAACCAUCGGUUCCUUUGCCAACACUUUGCCCACCUACCAAAGGUCGGAAGUCAUGCUCUUCAUCAUGGGCAAGAUCCCUGUUCCCGGUGUUCACCCGUUGCUACCUUCUUCGGGCUCUUGGCCCGAGGUUACCAGGAUGAUUCAGGUGAUGUUACUCAAGUCACUGGUCCAGGUGACGGCGGGCUUCCAGACCACCAACAUGCUGACGGCUCUGCCCAGCUCCUUCCUGGAACCUCUGCUCUCGUUCUCCCUCACCGAAGACCCCGAGGUUCGGCUGCUGGUGCUCCAAAUCCUCCUCAGUCUCAUCGACAGGCACGACAACCGGCCCAAAUUCUCCAACAUGAGUAUUAUCAGCGACAUCUCUGUGCUGAAGCUGAAAGUGGACAAGUGCUCCAGACAGGACAACCUGUUCAUGAAAAAGCAUGGCCAGCAGCUCUACCGACACAUCUACUUGGGCUGCAAAGAGCAGAGCAGCGGCAGGCGCCACUAUGAGAGUCUCUUUGCCUUGCUGGGUCUUCUCAGCGUGGAGCUGGCCAACGAAGAAGUGGUGGUGGACCUCGUUCGCCUGGCGCUUGCUCUGCAGGACCUGGCUCUGUCCACGGAUGAGGCGCUGCCCGUUUACAACCGCUGCGCAAUGCACGCCCUGGCCGCCGCCUACCUCAACCUGAUCUGCCAGCUCACCACCGUCCCCGCCUUCUGCCAGCACAUACACGAGGUGAUCGAAGUGAGACGGAAGGAAAGUCCUUACCUGCUGCCCGAGGACGUCUUUGCGGAUGUGCCCAGACUCCCCUCCUCGCUUGACAGAGUGGAAGGCGGCAUGCUGUUCCUUCAGUCCAAGAUCACGGAAGUCCUCGGAGGCAGCGGUUACAACACGGAGCGACUGGCCACCCCUUACAUCCCUCAGUACACGGAUGAGGACCGCCUGUCCAAGAGAAAGAGCAUCGGGGAGACCAUCUCGCUCCAGGUGGAAGUGGAGUCCCGAAACAGUCCCGAGAAAGAAGAGCGGACCCCCGCCGAGGAGAUCACCUUUGAAACCUUGAAGAACGCCAUCGUGGACAGCGUGGGUAUGGAGGAACAGGAGCGGGAGCGGAGGAGGCAAGUGGUGGAGAAGUUCCAGAAAGCUCCCUUUGAGGAGAUCGCUGCCCAUUGCGGUGCUCGGGCCACGCUGCUGCAGAGCAAACUCAACCAGAUCUUUGAGCUCACAAUCAGGCCCCCGCCCAGCCCGUCCGGCACCGUAUCAUCCGGCUACGGCCCGAGCCAGACUCGCUCGGUGCCCAUCUACGAGAUGAAGUUUCCCGACCUUUGCGUGUAUUGAGAAGGCAAGGUUACUCCACUCUUCUUCUUCUCUUCCGGGGCAAACCAUUUCUUGGCGAGGCAGGGCAAAAAAGAAAUAAGGUGCCGCUGCUGCAAGCCAAAAACUUUGAUAACAAGCCACAUUUUGUCAAGCUCGCCAUGUAGGAAUGUUUUGGACAAUCUUUUCCAUUUUCUGCACUGAUUUAAUAUGGGUUUUUUGUUGUUGUUGUAGUGCUGACAUAUUGCCAAUUCUCUCAUCGUGCGCGGCCGUGAUUUGAUCCUCGUUUAUUAUUUUUCACAUUCCUUUUUAACAGUAGGAUAAGAAGUCGCUCAACAGCUCAUUGUGAGUACAGGGUCCCCCCGGCAUAAAGCAUUCAAAUCUU